CUGGAAUUAAAAACACAGAAAAAAAAAAUGGCGGCAACGAAAGGGAAGUUGGUCUACACCAUUUACAGAGCACUGACUUACAGUUUAUCGCCAUUGCUAUACCUUCACCUCCGAUGGCGACAACACCGAGGCCUCGAGCACCCGCUCCGGUGGCCGGAGCGUCUCGGCCGCGCUUCCCUACCUCGUCCCCCUGGCCCACUCGUCUGGUUCCACGCCGUCUCUCUAGGUGAAGGACUGACUGCGAUUCCAGUGAUCAAAGAAUGUAUUCGGAGAAGGCCUGAUUUGAAUAUCUUGAUGACAACUACAACUACUUCCGCAUUUGAAGUAAUAAAGAAUCGUCUUCCAAAUGGAGUCAUAUAUCAGUUCGCGCCUCUUGAUACCCCGGCCACUAUGGAUGCUUUUCUGGGCUAUUGGAAGCCAAAUGCAAUCGUGAUGAUGGAAAGCGAAUUGUGGCCAAAUCUCAUCAUGGAUGCUUCAAGGAAGGGUAUUGCGCUGGCCUUGCUAAAUGCUCGAGUGUCUACUAAAUCCUUCAAACGUUGGUCAAGUCCAUGGCUUCUUCCACUGAUUUCAUUAAUGCUAUCAAAAUUUUCGUUGAUUAUCCCAUUGAGCAAUAUUCAGGCAAUCAACUUUCAGUUACUGCUUGCCCCACCUUCUAUCUUCCACUUUUCUGGCGACUUAAAAUUUGCGGUUGAAGAAUCUGACAUUUCUGAAGGAGAGAUGAGAAGUAUAGAAUCUCUGAAGGUACAGCUUGCUCACAGGCAAGUAUGGAUGGCUUCUUCCAUACACAAGGGAGAAGAAGAAGUUAUACUAGCUGCCCACAAUAUGCUCAUGCAAGGGCACCCUCAUUUGGUUACAAUUAUUGUGCCUAGACAUCCACAACACGGACAAGAUAUUGCUCAAGAACUGCAGAAAAAAGGGCAAGGUGUAGCUCUGAGAUCUCGAGGCGAUAAACUUAUAUCAGGAACAAAUAUAUAUGUGGUGGAUACAUUAGGUGAGUUGAGACACUUAUAUAGAACAACUCCAAUAGCUGUAAUUGGCGGUUCCUUCUUGCCGGGUUUUGGCGGUCACAACAUAUCAGAAGCUGCCGCAGCUGGCUGUGCUGUUUUAACUGGUCCUUAUGUUGGGCAUUUCUCAGAUAUGAUAUUGGAUAUGCAACGAUUAAAUCCUCUGUCAGUUCUUCAGGUGUCCGGAAAAUCGGAGCUCGAACAAGCUCUUGAACUUCUCUUUAGGGACGACGAAGUUCUGGAAGCACGUCGUGUGGCUGCUAAACAAGCAUAUGAGACCUUGUCAAGUGGUAUUGUUGCCAGGGUGUGGAACCUAUUAGAUGGCCAGCUUCUGAAACAUGCCUUCAGCUGAAAAGUCAUGGUUGUGGAACCUCUAAAAUUGAGGUUAAUGCUCUACUUCUUUAUCAUCACUCUAAUGGGAUUAAUUGCCCAUUUUGAAGCUGGGCCGAAGAGCAAGUCCAUGGACAUUGGAUAGAAAUUGGUGUCAAUUAGGCCCAAAACUACCUUGCAUUAUUCAACCAUACCAUCUUUAGGUGAAAAUGUGGCUCAAAUUUUUCUUACAAAAAUGAUAUGUGCAAAUACCAACACUCUACAAAGUGGUAUUCCUCUAAUUCACCUCUAAUUUUCCUACAAAGUGGAAAAUUUAAACCUAAUCUACACAUAAAGAUGGCACGGGUACGGGUGAAUUACUAAACUUCAAAAGUUAUACCCAACCUAAUUCGCACGACUUUUUUGUAAUGAUGUGACUUGAUUUAUAAAAAAAAGGCAUGCAUGGAGCAUGGAGAAAACAGUAGAUUAAAAGAGAGAAAUUUAGGAAA